CACACUGCAUUUUAAGAGAAUAUACACAUUCUAAAAUUUAUUUCAAGAUGCCUGGUGAAGAAGGAUUGAUCACUAGUGUCAAAGAGGCAAAAAAUCGAACCGAGAAGAUCGACUGGCGAAGCGGAUUUAAUCCACAGACUGGGGUUUAUAACCCUUUGUUUCGACUUCCUAAAGGUUAUGAGAUACCGACAAGUCAUGUCACGGAUACAGCAACAUAUGUGAUGUCACAUAUUCCACAACUAGACUUGGCCGAGUCCCGGCUAGCACUCGUGGACUCGACCACAAAGCAGCAAGUGACUUAUGGACAGCUCCGACGGUCCAUCAAGUCACUUGCUACAGCACUCUUUACUGGACUUGGGAUCCGUAAAGGGGAUGUGGUUUUUCUUCUCUCUCCCAACUCGGUCUUGUAUCCAACCAUUUGUCUUGCGGUGCUUUCCAUUGGCGCGAUCUUAACAACUGCCAAUCCAAUCAACACAGCAUCGGAGAUUGGAAAGCAAGUACGCGACUCUGGCGCGAAAAUUGGAAUAGCUGCCCCGGAAUGUAUGGAUAAGUUAUCGCCAUCAGGGAUUCCUACAUUGCUCACAACAAGGCCUGACAAUGACACUACACUCUCCGUAGAGAAACUAAUUGAUGAUUGUGAACCACUUGACUUGCCUAAAGUUCACAUCACUCAGUCAGACACUGCAGCAAUCUUAUACUCUUCAGGAACCACUGGUGUAAGUAAAGGUGUGAUUCUCACACACUCUAAUCUCAUAUCAAUAAUGGCGAUUCUCAGAUGGUCCGUCGACGUUUCAUCAUCCCAAAAUGAUGUCUUCUUAUGCUUCAUCCCCAUGUUUCACAUCUAUGGUCUGGUUUUCUUUGGUUUGGGCUUGUUCUGCUCCGGGAUCACAAAUAUCUUGAUGCAUAAAUUCGACUUCAAGGCAAUGCUCGAGGCUAUACAGACGUAUAAAGUGAAUAACUUACCUGCAGUUCCUCCAGUUAUACUAGCACUUGUAAAGUAUGGAAGCUGUGGAUAUGACUUGACAUCGUUACGACGAGCAGGAACAGGUGCUGCGCCAUUAAGCAAAGAGUUAGGGGCGGAAUUCCGAAUGAAGUUUCCAUGGGUUGAGCUAAGGCAGGGGUAUGGACUAACUGAGAGCUGUGGCGCAGCUACUUUCUUUCCUACAGACAAACUGGCGUUGGCUCAUUCAGGUUCAUCGGGAAUGUUGCUUCCAGAUUUUAGUGCUAAAGUCGUAGGCACAGAGAGUAGGAUUUCAUUGCCGCCCUAUAAACAAGGGGAAUUGUGGUUGAAAAGUAGAGCUGUGAUGAAAGGGUACCUGGGAAAUGAAGCAGCAACAAAUGUCACAAUUACUUCGGAUGGGUGGCUUCAAACUGGAGACCUUUGUUACUUUGAUGAAGAUGGAUGUCUAUACAUUGUAGAUAGGUUGAAGGAGCUUAUCAAGCACAAUGGAUAUCAGGUAGCACCAGCGGAACUAGAAGCCAUACUUCUAACUCAUCCUCAGAUCCUUGAUUCGGCAGUUAUCCCAAUCGAAGAUGAAGAGACAGGAGAAAUACCGAUGGCAUACGUGGUAAGGGCACCUGCUUCUGAUCUCACUGAAGAACAAGUCAUUCAAUUUGUUGCCAACCAGGUAGCACCAUAUAAAAAAGUGAGACGAGUUGCAUUCAUCAGUGCCAUACCAAGAUCAACUGCCGGCAAAAUCUUGAGGAAAGAUUUAGUGUCUCAAAGUCAAAAAGUCAUCUCCAAAAUGUAGCAGCUUCAUAUAUAUAUGAGUUUGUACUUCAUAUACAAAGAAUGAAAGAACACUGCAAGUUACUCUCUAAGGUAUUGGCAUCAGAAGAUACAGAAGCAGAUACACAGAGUAUGAAAAUACUAUCACACUAUGUACGAGAGUAAAUUUCCUAGUUUGAUUCAAAUAAAUUUCAACUUGUACAAUGAUUUUCCAUAAUUUUGAUAAGAGGUAAACUACUUGACUUAUAUGGCCUUUAAAUUUGAUAACUCA